CACCACCUCGACGACAAAGAUGGCGACGAGAAGGGAGGGCAUUUCGGCGGUGGGGAUCGUUGACGGAGAUGCUAGGAAAUAAAUUGCCAGCUACUAUCGCAUUGCGCGGGGAUUUCGGAGAUCGCGAGGCUGCAGUGUGCUCGUGUGGUGCUGGUGGUGAUUUUGGUGGUUUGCCAACGUGGUCUGGCCAUGUCAUGCCCCGACAGAUUGCAUGGCCCCAGCUCCGCCUUGUCAACCCCUCCAGAGUACGAUCUAGGCUACCCUAUACCGUUCAUUUUCAUCCUCUACGCAACUCAAUCAGCUCAUUUAUUGCUCACCCAUAAGGAAAAGAUAUGUCUAGAGCACUCGACAAAGACGUCAGGGAAGCUCUUAAAAAUGGAGAUCAUCAGGCAGUAUUUGACGAAAUCUCCACUGUCCUGACACAUUCGUCUGCUGAGCUACUUGAAAUUGAGAUGCUUGGUAUGAGCCACAUUUUCGAUCCUACCACAACCAUACUCCAAGAUGGCAAUGCCAUUGCUGUCCCUAAGCUGCGACUAGUACAAGCGUUCAUUAUCGCACGUCAAAUAUUUCUAGCCCAUGUCCGAGGCAAGCGAAGGGGAUCAGACGAUGCGAUAUUGAGAGCAACUGCCGUCAUCCUACUGAUGGACCCAGAAUAUCUGACUGCCGCCAACGUCAGGAAGAGCCUCCUGCAAAAGAUGAUGCAAGACGGGGAUGAUGCAACGAAAAGUCUACAGAACGAGAAGCACUUCGUGGAUAGCCUACUCACAAGUCGCCUACAUCGCCACACCAAAUCCCCAACACUGUGGAAUCACCGUCGUUGGUUGAUGGACCAGUUCAAGACAGGAGGAGUUGAAGUAACCGCCGAGGAUGACAUCAAGACAAUUAUCACCACAUCAGGGGAACGACAUCCCCGCAACUACUACGCUUGGUGCCAUGCUCGAUAUCUUAUCAACACCUUCAUCUUCCCGUCGCUCGCACACGAGCAGGCACUAUCACGGACAAUCACGACGAUCAAGCAAUGGUCUUUUGGACACCACGACGAUAUCUCAGGCUGGCAAUUCCUCCUGUUCCUGCUCCAGAAGCAGCAGACGGAGGCGCAGCCGACGUUCCGCAAGACACUGCAGCUCGCCGAGUCAUUUAAGUGGCGCAACGAAUCAGUCUGGUACUUUCUUCGAUACGUCGUGGCCUCGACACAUCUCACCGAUGACGACCGAGAGGAGUUCACGCGAGUACGGACGGCGCUCUGGGAGACAGCUGCGAAAGAUAGCCAGGAGAGGCACACGCUAGAGGCCGUGCAAACUUGGCUCUCUCAUCAGGACCAGGGAGUCAGCGCUGGUGACCGGAAUGCGGUCGUCAGCGGAUAACUGAGACUGACUCUAGUAUUCAUAUCCCCGCGUGCUCGGGGAUAAGACACCACGGGGAGCUCUGCCACAAGACUCAAGCCCAUAUUUAGAAGUGAGGCGUAGCAUCUGUCGGUGAGGAAUGCCAAUGGCUU